UUCUAGUAUCAGUACAGUCGGCGCCGCGUUGUGGUACUGUGGUGCUCUGGUGUUCAUGUAACAUAGUGUAGUAGCAUUCGUGUAGUGUUGUGAUCGCUAGUACUGUAGUGUAUGAUAUUGCUGGUACACUGACAACACUAGCUCAGGUUGUAGUACCGGUAGUAUCGGUAGUGGUAGGAUGCAGUAACGUUGCUGGUACUGUAGUGCAGUGUAUCGCUGGUAUGGCAGCUACGGUGCUGGCGUGUGUGCUGUGUCUCUCACUAAUGAGGAUUCACCAGACAUAACUACGAUGGAGAACUCGGCAUUCGAGGGGGAUGUGGACAGGAACAGCAUGGAGCUGAAGGACGUGAAGAUCGGUCCCGUCAACGGUAACGGCCAGAGCCAGCCGCACAAGUGUGAGCCGGACAGAUGUCGCUCGCUACACGCCAAGAUGCUGGUGGACAAGACCAAGAUGGCGACCAAUCCCUGGGACCGCCUCAAGACUACGUUCCUCGUAGGGAUCAUCGCCACCCUCGUCCUCUGGCUCGUCGUCUUCGUCGGCACCUCCAGGAUGGGCCUCGUAUGAUCCUCGUGUCAGAUUGAUCAAACUUGUGUGAAUAGAUUGUGAUAUUCGCGAAAAUGUAAAUAUGUUACCGUUUUUACCAUUAGCUAUUAGCAUUUUUACCGUAUGUUGUGUGUGUGAUAUGUUUGCUCGAACUCGAUGUGUUGAAGAGUCAGUUUGCAGUAGUUUUAUUUAGAAUAUUUCAUAUAUACUCUGUGAGCAGCCAGCCUUGAUUAUGCCAGCUUAAUUGAUGCUCAUAUUUACUUUAAUCUAUUUUAUGCUAAUUAAAUGUGAUGGCAAUACAUUUUACAUACCGCAUUAUUAAGAAUUUGUUCAGGAUUUGCCUUGUACGAUAAAUUUAACUUUUAGCAUAUUGUUUAUGAUUUUUAUGUCAUACGAUAUUCAUAUCAUGUAUAUUUGUAUAUAGUUGUUAUUUGUUUGAAUAUAUAUUUCUGCAAUAUUAAACAUUUAGUAUUGCACUGUUACGUUUAUUUUUUCAUUGCAAACCUUUAGAUAGAGCCUGACUUUUCAGUAUACCACGAAAAAUCAAAUCAGUAAAACUGUAUAGAAACUGUCUAACUACAAUGUAAAAAUAUAUUGUAAAUAAUACGACAAAUAUUUUACCUAUAUAAAAAGGCUUCAAGUCAUGAAAAUCAAACGUGAAAUCACUUAACACUCAAUUGAAGAAGUAAGAUAUCAUAUUUGGUGUUAUCUUUGACUGUGCUAUAAUUGUAAGAUGAUGUAUUGUUCUGUCAAUCAACAAAAGUU